AUGAUAGAAAUAGCCAACAUGUUCGAGUAUUUAAGCAUGCCGUCAGGAGUACUAACUGUGCUCCUCCUCGUGGUUCCCAUCCUCCUCAUCCCCAUCGUCAUCCUCGGCCCGGAAAGCAACCAGUUCCGCCGCCUCCAACAACUCUGGUCCCGACGCCAGAAGCAAAAUGCCAACAGCAGCAGUGAAAUCGUCUCUUUGCGCGUGUAUCCUGUUAAAUCCUGUCGCGGGUUCACGGUGAACAAGAGCAUACUCCGCUCACACGGUCUUGAUCUCGACCGACAAUGGAUGUUCGUUGAUGCGGAGACUCUGCAGUUCUUAACUAUUCGUCAGAUCCCGGAGAUGACGCUGAUUAACACGAGUCUAAGCGAGGAUGGCAAGUCACUUUUGCUGAGUAUCACCGGUGUCAAUGGUGAUGUUGCGACUACAGAGAAACCAAUUAGUAUCCCCGCAGUUCCCGAUACGGAUUGGCUGAAGCAGCACACUACUCUUUCUCAGGUGAAGGUUUGGGACGUAUUGACAGACGGCUACGUCUAUGGCAAUGAUAUUAAUGGGCCAUUCUCGCGCUUCUUGGGCCGGGACGUCGCGCUCGUGUACAAGGGUCCCACGCCACGAAUUCUGCAAGGAAACGGGGACCCCCAACUGCUGGGCCGCACGCAGAGUGUGAAUUUUCCCGAUGUGCAUCCUAUUCUUAUUGCUUCUGAGGCCUCCAUUGCAGAGCUGAACUCGCGGCUUCGUCAAAAGGGUGCCGAUCCUAUUACCAUCGAGCGCUUUCGUCCAAACAUCGUGAUCAAGGGGAAUGCGCCUUGGACUGAGGAUUCGUGGAAGACUGUUCGGUUUAAUGGUAACAGUGGAAGCUUGGCAGAAAAUGGGGACUCGUUUGUUCUGUCAUCGCCUGCGCUUGAUCUUGAUAUCGUGGCGCGGUGUGCGCGGUGCCAGGUACCGAAUGUGAACCCCGAGACGGCAGAGAAGCACUCCAAGCAGCCCUGGGAUACUCUUGUGAGUUACCGACGGAUUGAUGAGGGAAUUAAGUUCAAACCGUGUUUCGGGAUGCUUGCUGCGCCGAGAAACGAGGGUACUAUUGAAGUCGGGAUGAGGUUUGACGUAUUGGAAGAGACGAAUCAGCAUCGGUAUAUCAAGGGAUUUUAA